AUGGAUUAUAAACUGGAACCCAUUUCUCUAAGUACUACUGUGAAAAACAAUUACAAUGAAUGUUUCGAGAAACUUUCAAAGAGGGUAGACUUUGGGAAGCCUGAAGAAUCCGACCAUUCUAAAUGUAUUAACACCUAUGAAACUCCUUAUACAAUCUUACUUAACGAGUUCUUAGAGUUUGCUAGGAAAUCUGCUAGCCUUCCAGAGCCUGCCAUAGUUCCCUUCACCCGGAGAAAUGCCUUAAAUUUAGAAUACUUUCAGGAUCCUGGAACCUAUGAACCUAAAAUUCAGGUUGAAAGAGGCUUCGUGGAAGGUAAAAUAGGCUCUUCAAACAAAAAGGAUACAACCUAUUCCAAUGAUAACUACGAGAAUACCCAAUACAACAACGACAUCAAUGAAAACAAUUACUCCUUCUUUAACGUAGCAAACCAAACUACCUACAAUGUAUCUGAUAUGGACUUGAGAAAUCUCGUAUACACAGGCACUGAGUGGGAAGAAGAAUUUGAAUGGUCGACUCUAGUUAGAGACAUAAACGAGAAGGUGUUUAAGAAUAAAUCCUUUAGGCCAAAUCAACUUCCAGCCAUAAACUGUAUCUUGAGUAACAUUGACACCUUUGUUAUUAUUCCAACUGGAGGAGGUAAGUCUCUUUGUUUCCAGCUUCCUGCAGUAUACGACACUAUAACAGGUAGGGGAAGUACUACUAUAGUUGUAAUGCCCUUGUUAUCCUUGAUUGGGGAUCAAAUGAAGAGACUUAACAAACUGAACAUAAACUGCAGAGCUAUAUUUGGCGAUUUAAAACUUUCCGAGAAACUUUCAAUAUUUAACGACUUGACUAAAAUAGGACCUAAGGUCCCCAACGACGUUGACUCUUUUAUGGCAGUAAAUAACACAAACACUGAUGACAUUAGCAUUCUUUUCAUCACUCCUGAGUCUUUGGUGGGUUCUAAGAUACUUUUAGAAAAUCUUCUCACAAUGCACAGUAGAAAUAAGAUUUCCAGAUUCGUAAUUGAUGAAGUACACUGUGUGUCCCAAUGGGGAAAUGACUUUCGUCCACAUUAUGGACAACUUGGAAUGAUUAGGAAGCACUUUCCAGAUGUUCCUAUCUUAUCUCUAACUGCCACUGCUACUGAAUAUGUUACUAAGGAUGUUAUAGCAAAGUUAAUGUUGAAGGAUGUUGUGAUUUUCAAGUCUGACUUUAACAGGAAGAACCUGGAAUAUGUGGUGGUUGAAAAGUCUAAACACUUUAAAGUUGCAAUUAACCAACUUGUUAAGUUAAUUCAGCAAUUUGAAGAUAGUUGUGGAAUAGUUUACUGCCUCAGUUGUGGUGAGGCUGAGAGAGUGAGUGCUGAAUUAUCCAGAGUUAUCACCUGCUUCCACUACCAUGCUCAACUAAGCACCAUUGUCAGAACGAAUGUGUACAACGACUGGAUCAAUGAUAGGAUAAAGGUGAUUGUGGCCACCAUCGCUUUUGGUAUGGGAAUUGAUAAGAAAGAUGUCCGUUUUGUUGUACAUUUCUCAGUUUCUAAAUCAAUUGAGAAUUAUUUUCAGGAGUCUGGUAGGGCAGGUAGAGACCAGAAGAAAAGUACGUGCAUUCUCAUGUACAAUUAUCAUGAUAUUCAAAGACAUUUUUUACUCAACAGUCCACUUCUUCUCCAGCCAAGCAAGUUUACUCCCACCACAACCCCCGAAUUUGACAACAAAAUUGACAAAAUUCUCGUGAUGAUGGACUAUUGUGAGGAGAAAAUUUUAUGCAGAAGAUUUAUGCUUUUGGGUUACUUUGGUCAAAAAUUUACUAGUAAGUGCUUAUUACCCUGUGAUAACUGUAAAGCUCUCUAUUAUAAUUCUAAUGAUUCUCCUACAAACUCUAAUUCUGAAGCGAGAGGCUACACAGUUAAGAACUGCGUCAGUCAUGCCGAAUACAUUUGCAAGAAUAUCACACCCAUGAGUCAUCUUACUUUAAUAACUUUACAUAAACUUCUCAUGAAUAACACUCAUUCUGAAACCAAGUCUAAAUUCUUACUCAAUGGAUACCUUCUAAAGAAUGGUUUCGACUCUCACUCUUCCAUGAUUCUGUUAAAGAAGAUGAUGAUUCACAAGUUACUCAAGGAACGUAUCGUUAAGCUUCAGGGCCUUACUUAUCCUAUAUUUUACAUCCAGCCUAACAUUAAUUAUAGGGAAAACUUAAAAUUCAUGACUACCAUUUACUUUCCCACCAAGAAAAACGAAAUCAAUAAGAAAAAACGUCCCAGUGCUCCCAGGCCUAAAAAGGAUCCCAAGGAGAAAAGUCCUAAAGAGAAACCGCCAAAAUCAUCUGAGACUACAAAGUCAAGGAAGAAAACCAAGAAGGAUCCCGAAAAUGAAGGUGAUGCUCCUAGUAAACCCAAAUCUAAAAGAAACAGUCGUGCCACACCACGUAAACCUCGGAGAAAGAGUGAUGACUCUUCCACUAAACCCGUCAUAAACAGAAGCGAUACACCUCUUAAGUACAGGAGACGGGGCGACAACAAACCUCUUAAAUAUAAACGUAAGACUGAUUACACCCAACUAAACUAUAGAAUAAACGGAGAUUAUACACAGCUCAACUCUAUAAUAAACGGCUAUGAUACACAAAACGAAUAUACAAGAAACGGCUACGAAACUCAACCCAACUCUGUAACAAACGGAGAUUACACACAACUCAACUCUAUAAUAAACGGUUACGACACACCUAUUAACUCAACACUAAACACUGAUGAAACACCUAUUAAACCUAGGGGAAAGAGUGACGGUACUGCCAAAUCUAGGAGAAAAACCGGUGAGACACAACCCAAAUCUAGAAGAACCAGUAGUGCUACACCGCGUAAACCUCGUAAAAAAAGUGAUGAUACUCCUGUUAAAUCCAGAAAGAAGAGUGAUGAUAGUGCUACUAAGUCUAAGAGAGGAAACAGUAGUGUUACUCCCACUAGGACUAAAAGGAGAAGACUGAAGUUAGAGAAACCUACUUCACCCUCAUUGUAAAUUAAUUUCAUAUAAUUCAAGU